CCAAUUCCAAUUCCAAAUUCAACUUCAAUUUCAAUUUCAACUUCUUCAACCAUCAGCAAUUAAAGCACAAGGUACAGCAAUUAAAGCACAAGGUACAAUCAUGUCAUCAUCAAAAGCCUGGAGCAAAGAAGAAGAUAAGGCCUUUGAGAAUGCCAUUGCCAACCACUGGAAUCAGGAUUCCAAAGAACAAUGGGAUACAAUUGCUUCACUUGUCCCCACCAAGACCAUUCCAGAGUUGAAACAACAUUACCAAUUACUCACUGAAGAUGUUGAUGACAUUGAGGCCGGACUCAUUCCGAUUCCCAAGUAUCUCGGAGAGGAAUCGUCUUCCUCUUCCACCAAAGACAACCAGAACCACCAUGGAUCCAAUUCAAACCGACGUUCCUCCUCUUGCAAUUACGCCAACGGCUUCUCCGCCUUCGGUCACGACUCCAAUCCCGCCGGAAAAGGGAAUUCCAGGGCCGAACAAGAACGCCGGAAAGGGAUUCCAUGGACAGAAGAAGAGCAUAGGUUGUUUUUGCUGGGAUUAGACAAGUUCGGGAAAGGAGACUGGAGAAGCAUUUCAAGAAACUAUGUGAUUUCAAGAACCCCUACACAGGUGGCUAGCCAUGCCCAGAAAUACUUCAUCCGUCUCAACUCGAUGAACCGAGAUAGACGGCGAACCAGCAUUCACGACAUCACUAGUGUCAAUAAUGGUGACGUUUCUUCGCACCAAAUCCCAAUUACGGGUCAAUCGGGAGGCACGAACCCAUCAAAUGGAUCCACGGUUGGUGCACCCAUGAAACAUAGGCCACACCAGCCGAGUAUGCCACCGGGUAUGGGUAUGUAUGGAGCACCUAUGGGCCAUCCGGUUGCUGCCGCUCCAGGCCAUAUGCCGUCAGCGGUUGGGACUCCGGUGAUGCUGCCACACAGCCACCAUCCACCAUACGUUAUGCCGGUGGCGUACCCAAUGGCCCCACCACCAACAAUGCAUCAAUAAACCCUAAAUCCAUCAAGUUUUUUUUUCCUUUAUGCAAUAAUUCUAUUAAUGAUAGUGUUAGCAUUUUGACAAUGCAGUGCCCUUGAUGAGCUUUUCUUUCACAAGAAAUGGGAUUGUGAAAGGUUCAUUGCAAGGACAAAAAGUAGGACCACAGCCACUUUUUAAUGAUCAAUUUCUGUUGGUUAAAGAAUUUUUUCACCAACUGUUGUACAUUUUCUCAGUCUCACAAUCAUUUACAAGAAUAAUGCUAUAAUGAUGUGUACCUUUUGCAAUAAAAGUUGUACCUUGCUAGCACAUUGAAUCUUCAACAUGGCACUUGAUUGAAGAGGGGACAGGCAAGAUAUACAAAGCAAUCUAAUUGGUGGUUUCUCUUCCAACUUUCUGAGGUCCAAAAUGUGACACAGAGAUGGGUGAUUGCCAAAGUUAAGCUGUCAAACAUCAUUGUCUGUGGAUGUCAAAAA